AUGAAAAGAGAAAUAAAGGAUUGUGGCCCUGAGACAUUUAACGAAAAAAAUUUUGAAGAUUUAAGGAUAAAUUCCGAAUUAAACAUAGAGUUGACCAAAGAUAUAUACCUUUUUGAUUUAUUAGCUUUGGAAUAUAAAAUUGAAAUCAAUAAAACUCUCGCUGAAAAAUUCAUAAAGUAAAAGCUAUUCAGAAAUAUAAUAUCGCAGAAUUUUUGUACCGUAGAAACCUUACUCCUCCCUCCGUAAGUGAACAAAACCAUUGAUAAAUCCCUUUUUUUUGCACCCUCUCUAAGUGAAGAAAAUUUUUUUAUAUAAAAAUGCUUUAUGAAAAAAAUCUGAUAAAUAAGUAAUAGUUAUUAUAAUGAAAUCUCUUGCUGAUUCUGUUUAAUUUUUAAUAACUUGCAUUUUAAAAACAUAAGUUUUAAAAAAUUAAAUUAAUAUUUGCUUUCCAAUUUUCGUGAAUUGGGAUAUUGCUAAAUUUGUAUGAAAAUAACCCCUCUAUUAGUUUUGUUCGCUCACGGAGGGGUAGUUAGAAGAUUUAGAAGAAAAUAAAUCAAAAUCAGAGAAAGGGUUACUUUUAUUGGACGAUUUAAGAAUUUUAAUAAAGCUUUAUGAAGAAAACAGAGUAAUUUUCAUUUACACAGAAAAUGAAAACUUUGAAACUAAUGACGACAUAAAUGACUUUAUUGAAACCAAUCGUGCUGAAACCUAUAAAGUAAAUUAUUAUUUAGCUAAUUGGAAACUAUCCAAAAUCCUACCAAACUUUAUCAUUUUUUAGGCUAUCAAUAAAAAGUGACUUCCAAAAUUUAGCGUUUUUACAAAAAAUCGCAAAUAAUGAUUCCUGUAUUUACAGUUUAAUUAGUGACAUUAACAAAUUUGUCUACUCGCACUCAAAAAAAUCCUCAAAGGAAAUCCUUAUACUUUUGCAGGAAGGAAAAAAUUUAAUUGAUAAUUGCUGCUGAAUUGAAUCCAAAAAUGACAAUUUUCAAAAGCAAAAUUCUGUAUCAGCUCCAGAAUUUGCCAAAAGAUUUGAAAAUUUCAAAAGGCAAAGAUCCACAAGUGUACAUAAGCCUGCAGAAAAACUAGAAAAUUGUGAAAAUUAUACGGCGAAAGCAAAACAAGAGCCUACAAUAGAAAUUUUUGAAGAAAUAUCUCCUAUUAGCUAUAUAAAAGAUAUGAAUAAUAAAAACCCAAAGGAAAAAGAAAAACAAGAUGCAAAAGAAUUUAUGGAAGAAGAUGGGGGUGAAAUAAUAAAGUUAACAGAAGAGCUGAAAUCAUGCUCGGAAUCUAUUAGUAUGACAUUGAGUUUUGAGUACUCUAAAUCAGAUUUAAUGGAUCAGACCCCUUCAAAUAAUGCUUCUUGCCUCCAGCCUAUUAAUGAAACCCAAAGUACAAAUCCAAACACUCUGUCUUCUUCGAGAAUUCAGAAUAAUUUAUGAUUUAGCAAGGAAUCUUUCAGUUCUUUUGAAGAAUUAAGAAGCUUUCAGGAAGUUUCUAACAAUAAAGAGCAUAGAAGAACGAGCACCUUGGAUACUCAAGAAACCAGAAAGUCCGAACCAUAUUUUUAUACAAAUGAAGUUGAUGAAGAGCUAAGUGACAAAAGGUCUGUAGCAGCUCAGAGAUAUAUUCUAAACUCAGCAAUCGAAAAUAUGUUUUCGACUUUCACAUCUGAGGAAAGAUAUAGCGUCUGCAUAUUUUUUUACUCCUUCGUCUCGAUGUUUCUAGAGACGAUGGGGGUUGGAAUUACCAACUUUUCUUGGAGAAUCCAACACUUCAAUUGAAAAAUCUGCUGAUAAUGCAGUUUUAGCAAUUAAAGGAUUGGCCUCACCACAAAAGUUGGUAAAAGGAAGCCCUCUAUCUUCUCGUUAGAUAUCAGGACAAAGGGUCCCAUAAAGCGCGCAGACACUAUAUACCCCAAGAGCUGAAACUUUUAGCCCUAUCCCUACAAUAUUGAAACUUGAAACUGAGACAGUUUACUGCAAAUGUUUUUCGUGCUCAAUAUUUUAA